AAGGCUGGCUGGUUUCCCUUGCCACCCCCAGGUCUGCGUCUCGCUAGCCUGUGAUACACUCACGUGUGCACCAGUCAAAUGUGUAAUGCUGCAGUGGGCAGCCCACCGCCACUACCGGAACAGCUGCAAACGGACUGGGCGAGCCAGCUGCUGAAGGACCCCGCGCGGGAGCGAACACCACCUCGGCUCUGACGCCCCAUCUCAGUGCAGCACCUGUAUUUCCUCUUUCACUCAGAGCCCCCUCACUUUAUUCCCCCCUUCCCCAGUCUGGGUGUUCCCCUCCCCCACUUUACUCUCCAACCCGAAAACCUCCAUUCCCUCUUUCCAUCUUCCCUCUUGUAUGUGUAUGUUUCUUUGCUUGGCAACCACCGGUUUCCCUCAGUCAAACGGCGCAGACCGCCCAUCAUUUGAAAUUAAUUUCUUUGACUGCAGCACCGAGGCAGGAAGGUUGGGAAAUUUAUUUAAUUCCUUUCCCUCCCUGUGCAAAAGGAAGCGAUGAAAUUUCCAAUCGAGACUCCAAGGAAACAGGUGAACUGGGAUCCUCAAGUGGCUGUUCCCUCAGCCAUGCCAGCUUGUGAGCCCAAGACUAACGGGCACCAUCCAGCUCCACGACUCUCUGUUUCUUCCCGGACCACUGUGGUCGCCACCAUGGAAACCACCUCCCAGGGCUCGCAGACAGUCAUGAAGUGGAAAACAGUGGUGGCCAUCUUCGUUGUGGUUGUAGCUUACCUGGUAACUGGAGGUCUUGUCUUCCGUGCCCUGGAGCAGCCUUUUGAAAGCAGCCAGAAAAAUACAAUAGCCUCAGAGAAGGCAGAUUUCCUUCGGGAGCAUGUUUGUGUGACCCCAAUGGAGCUGGAGACUCUGAUUCAGCAUGCCAUUGAUGCAGAUAACGCAGGAGUCAGUCCCAUAGGAAACUCUUCUAACAACAGCAGUCACUGGGACCUUGGAAGUGCCUUUUUCUUUGCUGGAACAGUCAUCACAACCAUAGGGUAUGGGAACAUCGCCCCAAGCACUGAAGGAGGCAAAAUUUUCUGCAUUUUGUAUGCCAUCUUUGGGAUUCCACUCUUUGGCUUCUUGCUGGCUGGAAUUGGAGAUCAACUAGGAACCAUCUUUGGGAAAAGUAUCACAAGAGUGGAGAAAGUUUUCCGAAAAAAACAAGUGAGUCAGACAAAGAUCCGGGUAAUCUCCACUAUCCUCUUCAUCCUGGCAGGGUGCAUUGUCUUUGUGACCAUCCCUGCAGUCAUUUUCAAACAGAUUGAAGGAUGGACAGCCUUGGAGUCCAUUUACUUUGUGGUCAUCACUCUGACCACGGUUGGCUUUGGCGAUUUUGUAGCAGGGGGAAAUACUGAUAUCCAUUAUCGGGAGUGGUACAAGCCCUUAGUCUGGUUUUGGAUCCUCGUCGGCCUUGCCUACUUUGCCGCUGUCCUGAGUAUGAUUGGAGACUGGCUAAGAGUUCUAUCCAAGAAGACAAAAGAGGAGGUUGGUGAAAUAAAAGCCCACGCGGCUGAGUGGAAAGCCAACGUGACUGCUGAGUUCAGGGAAACCCGGAGGCGGCUCAGCGUGGAGAUCCAUGACAAGCUUCAGAGGGCAGCCACCAUUCGGAGCAUGGAACGUAGGCGUCUAGGGCUGGACCAGAGGGCCCACUCACUGGAUAUGCUCUCUCCGGAGAAGCGCUCUGUCUUCGCUGCCUUGGAGACAGGACGCUUCAAGGCUUCAUCUCAGGAAAGUAUCAACAACAGACCUAACAACCUGCGCCUUAAAGGGACAGAACAGCUCAACAAGCAUGGGCAGGGGUCAUCUGAGGACAACAUCAUCAACAAGUUUGGCUCCUCGUCCAAGCUGACCAAAAGGAAAAACAAAGACCUGAAAAAGUGCAUCCCUGAGGAUGUGCGGAAAAUUUAUGAGACCUUCCGACACCUCUCCUUGGAUGAAGAGAAGAAGGAAGAGGAGACUGAGAAGAUGUGUAACUCAGAGAACUCUUCUAGCACAGCUAUCCUGACUAACUGUAUUCAGCAACACUUGGACCUGGAAAAUGGAACCAUCCCCACUGAAACCAAAGAAAGGGAACAUGAAAACAAAACGUUACUUGAAGACAGAAAUUAA